AUCCAUGAAGAGAUUCAUAUUCACACAAUCAGAGCAACAAGAAGAGAAAAGCGGAAAACACACAAAAAGCACAGAAAUAAAAUGAAGUCUGUUUUUUAUCUGCUUCCAGUUUUGCUCUCCUUCUUUCCUGCAGGAUGCAGCGGCAGGAAUGAGGCGGAGCGUCUCAUCCACCAUCUGAUAAAAGAGCGUGGAUACAACAAGGAGCUGCGUCCAGUGGAAAGUAAAGAUGAGACAGUGAUGAUUUAUCUCUCACUCACACUCUCCAACCUCAUCUCUCUGAAUGAAGUCAGUGAAACUUUACUGACGAGUGUGUGGAUGGAGCACGGCUGGACUGACCACAGACUUGCGUGGAACACGUCCGAGUUUGAUGACAUCACGGUCCUGCGUCUGCCGUCCAGCAUGGUGUGGCUUCCAGAGAUUGUUUUGGAGAACAAUAACGACGCCCAGUUCGAGGUGGCUUAUUACUGUAACGUCUUGGUGUACUCCAGUGGCUUUGUGUACUGGUUGCCUCCCGCUAUCUUCCGUAGUCCUUGUUCCAUCAACGUCUACUAUUUUCCUUUUGACUGGCAAAACUGCACCUUAAAGUUCAGCUCUUUAACUUACAAUGCCAAAGAGAUCAGCUUAAAUCUCAAAGAAGACGUGGAUCCCAAAACCAAUGAGACCUACCGUGUGGAAUGGAUCGUCAUCGACCCUGAAGGAUUCACAGAAAAUGGCGAGUGGGAGAUCAUUCACAGACCUGCCAGAAGAAAUACCUACAAGAGCAUCCCUAUGGACAGCAACAAGCACCAAGACAUCACUUUCUACCUCAUCAUCAAACGCAAGCCUCUGUUCUACAUCGUUAACAUGAUCAUCCCCUGUGUCCUCAUCUCUUUCCUGGCCUCACUGGUGUACUACCUGCCUGCAGACAGUGGAGAGAAGAUGACUUUGUCCAUCUCAGUGCUCUUGGCCCAGUCUGUGUUCCUGCUCCUGAUAUCGCAGCGUUUACCCGAGACCUCCAUGGCUGUUCCGCUGAUUGUUAAGUAUCUGAUGUUCAUCAUGGUUCUGGUCACUGUGGUGGUGUUGAAUUGCGUUAUUGUGUUGAACCUCCACUUCAGGACCCCCAGCACACACUUCAUGACGGAGUGGACCAAAGAGUUCUUCCUGGAGACGCUUCCUCACAUCCUCCACAUGUCGCGUCCGGCUGAGAGCGAGCCGCGGUGGGACGGAGCGCUGCCCAGACGCUCCAGCUCCGUGGGCUACAUCGCCAAAGCUGAGGAAUAUUACAGCCUGAAGUCCCGGAGUGAGCUGAUGUUUGAGAAGCAGUCAGAGAGACAUGGCCUGGCCACGAGGCCCACGCCCACCGCCGGUCAGGACCACAAUGGCUUACUGCACCAUACAAACAGAAUCUUUUCAUCCUGUUUGGUCUAUAAAUCGAGCAGUGACUCGGAGGUGACUGAUCAGCUGUAUAACGAGCUGAAACCAGCUGUGGAAGGAGCCAACUACAUCGUCAAGUACAUGCAUGACAAAAACGACUAUAACAAGGAGAAGGAUAACUGGAGUGGGAUCGCCAGGACGGUGGACCGUCUCUGUUUCUAUAUAGUGACUCCCAUCAUGACCAUCGGAACCGUGUGCAUCUUCCUGACGGGAAUCUACAACCAUCCGCCUCCUCUUCCGUUUGAGGGUGACUCGUUCACGUACAGAGAGGCAGACAAACGCUUUAUAUGAUUCAGCGGUGACUCCCAGGAAUCCUUUGCUUGGGUUCUAUCUUUCAUUUUUGCAUGAUUCAAUUUCAGUACAGUUUUUUCCGUGUACUGCAUGUGAUGUAUGUUGGGAAUUGAUGCUAAAUAAACAGACCUGAAAUUUACUUUGUGAUUAUACAGUCUAUUUGUUGAGACACUUUCUGAUUCCAGUCACAGAAAUUACUUUUUAUAGCUUUACUGCUCAGGAAACUGAAGGGAAUGCUGAGAUGUUUGAGUUUUGUUGUCAUGUUCUCCAUUCUCACAAGACCCCUUUACUGAUAUAUAAAGCACACGGAUGAGCCAUACAGCUUUUUUUUUUUUUAUAAGUCUGACUUGAUAUAGAGCAAACUCCAGAAAUAUUGGCACCCUUAAAAAAACCCAAGUAUUAAUGUACAGUUGUGGUCAGAAGUUUACAUACAGUGACAUGAAUGUCACCUUGGAUAUGAAUGUCAUGGCAAUAUUUGGGUUUUCAGUAAUUUCUUUGAACUGUUCUUUUUC